UCUUUUUGUUACUGUUACAGGUCAAUUAUGGCUGAAAAAAGAGCAAAGACAACAUUAAUGAUUGGUGAAGAGAAAGACAGAAUUUCGAAACUACCUGAUUCACUCAUCAUACAUAUACUGUCGUUUCUUUCCACUGAAGAUGUCGUUUCGACUUGCCUAAUUUCAAAACAAUGGAAAUUCAUGUGGUAUUAUGUCCCCAAUCUCUCAUUUUCCAAUUCUAAUUUGGCAAAUGAUCCAAAAAAGUUUUACAAUUAUGUUGACAAUUAUUUAGAACACCGCAAAAGAGGCAUGUAUUUUGUCCCCGAUUCAGCCAUAACUAGUUUUAAGCUUUGCAUGGAUUAUUCUUAUGAAAGAAUCAAUGAACCCCACCUAAACAAAUGGUUAGCUUUGAUAGUUGUGAUGAAAGUCAAGGAAUUAGAUCUUUAUCUAAAGAAGGGGAAGAAUUACCAUGGUGAUAUGUACUACUAUCCUUUACCUAAAACACUCAUAGUCCAUGCAAGAUAUUUGACUAUUUUGAAGUUGAAUUCAGUGGAGUUGGAUUCUCAUUACUCGUUUAGUUUUCCAUCUUUGAAAACAUUGUCAUUAUCUUAUGUUAGGCUUGUAGUUAAUGAUGUUUUAGAUAAUCUAUUGAUGGGUUCCCCUUCCCUUGAGAAAUUACAAUUGUAUAAUUGUUGUUUAUCUAAUGAUCAUCAUGAUCAGCUCCUCAUCAACAUACAACAAAGUUUAAGCCUCAAGUUUUUGAAAAUUAGUCUCAUUAAGGAUUUGGUGGAGCAAAUCAAAGUUAUAAGUCUUGAAUCUUUGUACCUAUUAGGUGUUUCCUUUGACAAAAUAGAACUCUCUACAUGUAAGGGAAUUCGAAUUCUCCAAUUAACUUGUUGUUGGGGUGUGGAAGACUCGUCAUCAUUCGAAAAUCUCAUUUCUAACCUUCCUCUUCUUGAGCAAUUGACAUUGUGCAACGGGCCUAAGCGGAAGUUAAAGCGCGUUAAAAUCUCGAAUCAACACUUGGAAAGACUCUUUGUGAUAAAUCGUUAUGAAGAUGAAAUGACUGUUAUAAUUAAAUCAGCUUCGAAUUUAAGAAUUUUUUCUUGUGUAGGUAAUAUCAAAUUUGGUUUAUAAAUUUGUUGAUUUUUCUUUUGAAUCUCAAGUGUUCUUGGAGAAGCAUAGACAUUCAUGUUGAGUCAAAUGAGUGUCUUAUUUGAUUCUUUGGUUACUUGGCUGACUGGAAACUCAGUAUUCUAAAGUGAUUUCUGCUAUUUUUUUUUUCUUUCUA